GUCGUCUUGGAGUCAAAAAUUUGCAGCUAGCUGUUCCCCUCCCCCCCCCCCUUCGCUGACAUAGAGCAGCUACUGCCCCUGCAGAGUCUUCGAGUUCGUGCACUCGAUUGAGCGGUGAGUCAGGCUGCACGCGGAAUUCCACUGGUUGAAUUACCACGGUGUGGAAAUAGAGCGGCAGUUUUGCAGACUAUGCGGCAAUUCUUGACGUGAAAAAAGUGGCGUUCGAGUUAGGUUAGGGUGGCGUGUUGCAAGGCGGUCUGGAGGGUUUGUGGUGCAGCGUGAAAUGGACCCGGAGAGCUUUUCCUAACCGGGGUAUUAGCGGCGCGGACUUUGUUCUAUUUUCUCCGAGCCUUCAUUAGUGUGCUGCGAAGCGUGGCAUCGCAGAGGGGCGACCUGUGAUAGAAAUUAUCGUGUGGCUCAGACAACAAAAAAGCAGUUUCUGACGGUGUACACAGUUCUGUGGCCCAGCGCUCUAAUUCACUGCGCUGCCGGGAGUGACCGGCUGUUCGUCUUCGUCGUACCUCUUUCGUGUAGGUUUCGCUAAUUUCCCUCCGACGCCCAGUAAGAGGAAUUAUGAUGGGCUUAGAUCAGUAGAUGACUUCGAAGGCUUGUGGGUCGCAGAUGGCGACAGUGUUUAAUAAAACCUUAAACACUUGGUGAGGCCUGCCUCAAAGCAAGUUUUUUUUUGCGGGCCGGGUCAUUUCAGAGUUAGAAAAAAGUUUUCAUGUACAUCUCUCGCCGUAUUUGACUUCUCAUGGAACGCAAGCGCGUUAUCCGCUUGCCGUCGGUGGAGGAUGCAUUCAAGGAUCAAGCGAUCAGAGGCGGAGCCGCCGGAGGUGGAACCGCCAGAGGUGGGAGCGACGACUUCCUGUCUCUUCUAGACACAGCAGAGACGGGUCAGGAAGCAACAAACGAAAAGGUCUCUAAUGAGGAAGCCAACAAUGUGAUGGCUCCCUUACUAGAGCCAAGUAGUGAGGCUCCGGUCGCUCCUGCUCCUGUGGUCCAAGUGAUUCAGGUGGUCGAUGAGAAGCUGGUUGAUCAACGGGCAAAGUUGGCCAUUUCCUUUUCAGGAAUGAAGUGUGGUUUGAUUUUUUACGUCGUUAUGGUCAACCUUCUCGCAGUCAUGAUCUUCUUCGAACUCGGCAAGUUGAGCCUCCUCGCCACGAUUGUCGUUGGGUCCGCCGGUGUUCUUUUGCUGCUUGCGACAGUGACGGCAGUGUGUACACGAAAGAAGAGACCAGUUAUUGUUGCCGUUGUCACUGCCUGCCUUGCAUGUGUCGCUGUUCUGUUUGCAUGCGCCUACAAUCUCUUCAUCCUCAUCCGCAGUGGCAGCGCUCUGAGCUGGAGCGUUGGCCAGGGUAUAGGCGAGAUUUAUACCGUGUACGCGAACAGCAAUACGAAUAUCAUGCCCGACGUCGGGGACAUCAAGAAGCAACUUAACAAUGCAAUAGGCCAGGGGGGAAAUAUAGAAGAUUUCUUAAAGGGAAGACAGAUUACUGGAACUCCUGCUGCCAACGCGGACGGCGUACUCAAGUCCGCCCACACAGCAUCAAUCGAUGCCGGCAGUUCGUCUGAAGUUGCCGACUACCAGGAUGCGCUCCUCUCUGUACACGGGCUAGCUGCUCUCGGAUUUGCAGCGAAUGAUGCUGCUUCUGAAAGUAUUGAUGCGGAAAAUGAGUCGGAGCUUCACCCAGGAAUUGGGAGACAGGCACGUUCAACAGCUGGGCCUCUCGUGGUGCCGGGUAUAAUUGCAGGCCUUCGCGCAACACCAACCGCCAAUGACUGGCUCGCCGGUCAUGAGUUUACUGGACAACGUCACGCGGGUAUCAAAAACACUUGCCACAACGACUACUGGGACACGACGACCACGUACAGAAAGGGGGUCAACAUCGCUAGCCAGGCGAUGGCACGAGCUGGUCUCUUUUGCACGUUCUCGCACCUCAGCAUCUUUGAAUUCCAACGAUGGCCUGUCGACUGCGCAACGGAUUGUGGCUUUGGUGACGACCCAGAGAAAUUUAUCGGCUCCCAGAGCCAUGCGAGUCGCUACGAGGCUGCACUUGCCGCGCAGCAGCGGGGUGAAAAGGGUAAAUUCGAUUUUUCUGAUCCUAAUGAAACCGUCAAAAUGUGUGCUAUGCUCCAAACAGCCACGGCAUGCUCGAUUUGGAAUUUGGGGUACUUUUUGAUUUUACCAGUUCUCUCGGCGGUGUGGUUGCUCUUAUGUAUAUGCUCGUUUGGCGCAUGUAUUCCGAGUGUGUACAAUGGGUACAGAGUCAUCAAAAACAUGUAGCGCACCAGAUGCCAAAGAUAAACGAAACACAGAAGAAUCGAGCACAGGAAAGCGGAAACAGGCUGGUGGGGUAUUGACUAGACAUAAGUAAGAAUUUUCCUUCUUCAUGCACGGGGGCUGGCGCGAGUGUUGAGAACGGAAGUUACAGAAGAACCUUUUUUCUGAGAGCAGGGAGGUCCCGUAUUCGCCGGUGGGGGAUGUUGUUUUACUGCUACGUCGAAAGAAACUCACGGAUUGCAGAGAGCAAAAAGGGCUACUCCCUGUGUCUGUUUAUCUUGGAUGAGGGAGAUGCAGACUUCUUCUGUUUUUGUGACUCUGUGUCAAAACGUAGCGCCACGCCGGCAUCUAGUCUACUGGUUGCUAUGUGUUCAGUGCACGCUGUAAACGUCUCAGCUGUGUCUUGUCAGGAGGGCGUGGUUUUGCCUGCGUGCAGUGUGCCACGAAAGACGUCUGUCAUGUGGCUUACGAAAGAGGAAUUUUCCCAGCGCUCUGCAAGAAUAUUUAUAAGGCAGUGUGCCUGGUGACGACAUCGGGAUUUCUGGGGUUGAAAUGUGGGCACAUACAUACGUGCUAUGACUUCAGUGCGCGGCUGCAAUAACGGAACCUUUGGAUCACUGUUAGUUAGCGUCGAGCCUGCUCAAGGUUCCCAAAUGAACUAUAGGGGUUGCAGUUGCAUCUGGGAUUGUUUCUGGAGACGGGCGCGGUGGCGAAUGAUCCUCCCCGCCGGCCGAGCUCCAGGUGUUUUUUGACAGUCAUUAGUGAUUUUCCAACUUGUGUGCCCAUCGCCGUUGAAACCCCCUGUAUGAUUUCAUGUUUUCUGAACGGACCCGCUGUUUGUUGUGUCACCUAUGAUGAAGCGCAAUGGCAAGCUUUACAAUAAGAUGUAUUGAUCACAACGGUAUGGGCAGGAUGAAUCUCCGUGCCAAAUGGAUCUACUGAAAGCGAGGGCCCGGCCUGUUAUAAACAUCAUCCCGCGGAUUCAUUAUGUCUUUCCGGUCAUGAAACAAAACAAUCGACGCACACGGGAAGAUGUCAUGCAGUCUCGCCACGCUGGUUGAGACGGAUGCGGCAGCCGCCAACACGAGUCCGCACUGACAAGCUCCCAGGUGGAUUAAUGGUGAGCUGUUUUGGCAGUGGGUAGCGUUAGCAUGCAGCAAGUUCGCCGCUUCAGUUUUCUCAUGGGCAUGGGACAAUAGAUGAAUUGAUGGAAGUCGCGCAUUUUUUGGGUCUGUGUCUCCAAUUGAAACGCGGAUGAUAUGUGAAGUCAGAAGAAAGGUUAAAAAAACAACCGCGUAAGGGCGCCGAGCAAACGCGUCUGCUUUUUUCUUGUGAAACAAACUCUGUCUCAGACGGGGCCCACCAUUAGACAAGCCAAGUACUCAAAUAAGGUGACGAACCUGUAUUCCCAUGUCAUAUGUUUUGAGAAGGAAGCUGUUCCGGUACAACUGGAUCGCACUGGAUAGGUGAACUAACCACGUUUCAUAAAUAUGCUCAGUGAACGCAC